AUGUCAGCACAAGUACCCUCGCAAGCCUCGGCAGUACGCGCUGUCUGGACACACGAUCUUCAGACCUUUAACAAUGAAACAUCGAAGCUUUUGUUGCCUCAGCUUCGUGAGUAUGAAACCUGGAUUGAAGGGGAUGAGCAAAGAGGACCAUACGAGGACAUCAUACUGAACCAGCCACUUUUCGCCAUGACUAACAUAUCCUCCCUCACCACGAUCUGGAUAGCGCCAAAGUCCAACAUGAACUCCGUUACGACGGGACUCGUGGUCAUAGGUCCUAUAGAAGAGAAGACUGGCCAACGUUACGGAGUCGGCUGCUCGAUAGAUGCCCGAUGGAAUAAAGCACAGCAUAUCAUGACACAAUCGUCAUCAUAUUCGCUAGAGAACACUGGCAAAUAUAUUGGCGCAACGAUCAGCAGUGCACGCUCUUCGGCGGAAAUCGUAGAUAAAGCUUUACCCAUAAAUGGUAGUGACGGCAAUUGGAGACACAUAUCAGCAACCAGGAUGGCUUGA